CUCUGUCAAUACCGCGUUUGCUUUUCUCAGAAAGAUGGUAGGAAAGUGCAUGUAGCGAGUUUCGCGGAGCUUUCUUCAUUUUCUUCUGAUCCCUUUCUCUAUCACUUUCCCUCCUCUGAACCCAAAAUCUCUCUUUCUCGUUACCCAGAAAUCCUAAUCCAACUUCUCUGCCAUCAAACUCACAAACUGAUCAGCGUUAAACCCAUUUUGUUGACAUCCGAUCCCCACAUUUCUCAGUACUUCUCUCCUAUUAUUACCCCACAAACCACGAUUUCUUUCCCAAACUUCCCCCACCAUCCCUCUCUAUCUAUCACCCAUGGGCCAAAGCUUCAGUGUGAUACCACCAAGCUUGAAGCGGAAGCGGGAGACUGAAUCCGAGAACCAAAACCAGGCUCGCAAGGUUGUCGUCGUCCAAGACCCAAACAAAGAAGCCCAAUCAAACUCAACCACAAAAACCACCUCGUCAUCUUCUCAAUCUGAUUGGGAUUACGAUGUCUUCUUGAGUUUCGGAGGCCAAGACACCCGUAAAAACUUCACCGAUCACCUCUACACCGCCUUGAAGCGGCUCCAAAUAUCCACCUUCCGAGAUGAGGAGAAGCUUCCAAGAGGGGAGAACAUUUCAGCCGAACUUCUCAAAGCGAUUCGUGGAUCAAGGAUUUCUAUUGUGGUUUUCUCUAAAGGCUAUGCUACUUCCAGGUGGUGCCUUGAAGAACUUGUGGAGAUUGUGCACUGUAAGAGUACCAUAGACCACACUAUUUUUCCGAUAUUUUAUCACGUGGACCCUUCGGAUGUCCGACACCAGACGGGAACUUUUGAGGAAGCUUUUGCUAGGCAUGAAAAGCAGUUUCAAACCGAUAUGGAUAGGGUGCGGAGGUGGAGAAAAGCACUUACCGAAGCUGCAAAUUGUUCCGGCUGGGAUCUUAAUAACCUUGCAAAUGGGUAUGAAUCAAGAUUCAUCAAAGAGAUUGUUGAACAAGUUUUGUAUAAAGUGAACCCUGCUCGCUUGAAUGUUGCCGAACACCCAAUAGGAAUGGAGUCUCGUGUUGAUCAUAUUAAAGGUUUAUUAAAUCUUGGAACAAGUAACGUUCGUGUUGUGGGCAUAUACGGAAUGGGUGGUAUUGGUAAAACAACCCUAGCAAAAGCUGUCUACAAUGAAAUAUGUGAUGCAUUUGAAGGAAAGAGCUUUCUUUCAAACCUUAAAGAAAGUUCAGAAAAGCAUGGCUUAGUUCAUUUACAAGAACAACUUCUUUAUGAUAUCUUGAAAAUGAAUUUUAAGAUUGGCAAUGUUGAUAUGGGAAUCAUACAGAUUAAGGAAAGGCUUCAUCGCAAAAGAGUUCUUGUUAUUCUUGAUGAUGUGGAUGACUUUGAAAAAUUACACAUGUUAUUCAGAAAGGAAUGGUUUGGUUUAGGAAGUAGAAUCAUUGUAACAACUAGAAAUGAACAUAUGCUAAGGCAAUUGGGGGUAGAUGAAAAAUAUAAACUAGAAGAACUGAAUUUUUGGGAGUCUCUUCGACUGUUCAGCUGGCAUGCCUUUAAGAUGGUCAAUCCAAAAGAAGAUUACUCAAAGCUUUCAAUUCAAGCAGUGAAUUAUGCUGGAGGACUUCCUUUAGCUGUAGUGGUUUUGGGUUCUUUUCUUAAAGAAAGAAGCAUUGUUGAAUGGAAAAGUGAAUUGGAAAAAUUACGAAGAACUCCUAAUGAAAAGAUUCAAAAAAUACUUGGAAUAAGUUUUGAUUCACUAGAUAGGUAUACAAAGGAAAUAUUCCUUGAUAUUGCAUGUUUCUUUGUCGGUAUGGACAAAGAAUAUGCUAUCAAAAUACUUGAUGAUUGUAAAUUCUUUCCAAAUAUCGGUAUACCUAUUCUCAUUGAGAGGUCACUUGUGACAACUGAUUGCCAAAAUAAGUUAUUGAUGCAUAAUCUGAUUCGAGACAUGGGAAGGGAAAUUGUUUGUCAAGAAUCACCCAAAUAUCCAGAAAAACGCAGCAGGUUGUGGUUUCACGAAGAUGUCUUAAAUGUACUACGCAAACAUAGGGGUUCAAAGAAAGUUGAGGGUCUCAUCUUAAAUCCCCUGCUACUUGAAGAUGUAGAAGUACUGAAAACUAAAGCAUUUAAAAAAAUGACGAAUUUGAGAUUACUCCAAAUUAAUGAUGUGCAACUUACAGGAUCCUAUGAAUAUCUCUCCAAAGAGCUGAAAUGGCUUUGUUGGCAUAAGUGCCCUCUAAAAUCUCUCCCACAAGAUUUUCAACUGGAGAACCUUGUUAUUCUUGACAUGCAGCAUAGUAAAGUCAAACGAGUUUGGGAGAAGAAUAAAAUUUUCAACAAGUUGAAGGUCCUUAAUCUUAGCAAUUCCAAAUAUCUCACUAGAUCACCAGAUUUGUCACAAGUCCCACAAUUGGAAAUACUAAUACUUGAAAGUUGCACAAGCUUGGUUCAGUUUCAUGAGUCCAUUGGCCAUCUCAAAAGACUUGUUUUAUUGAAUUUAGAGAAUUGCACAAACCUGAAGUACCUUCCAAGAAGCAUUUUUAACUUAGAAUCUCUUGAAACCCUUGACUUGUCUGGUUGCUUGAUAUUUGAAAAAUUACCGAAUCAACAACCAUCCUCCUUUGGUCUUUUGAUGAAUCUCAAAAUUGUAUCAUUUUUAAGAUGUAGUAGUCUCAUCGAAUUACCAAACUUCUUACAUGCCCCACAUUUGGAGAGUCUGAAUCUUGAAGGUUGUAAAAGCUUGGUUGAGAUUCACGAAUCCAUUGGAUUUCUAAAAAGACUUGUUUCGUUGAAUUUAUGUUUUUGCGAGAAGAUUAGGAGUCUUCCGAGUAGCAUUUCUAAAUUAGAAUCUCUUGAAAUUUUCAAGUUGUUUGGUUGCAAUAAUCUUGAAAAGGUACCGGAGAAUUUGGUAAAAAUGAAGGCUUUAAAAAGUCUUGAUCUGGGCCUCACUGCUAUUAAGCAACUACCAUCUUCCUUUAGCCUUUUGGAGAAUCUUGAGGAUUUAAGUUUUAAUUGUUGUGAACGUCUCAUUAACUCACCAGAGUUCUCACAAACCUCACGUCUAAAGAAAUUGGAUUUGUUUGGUUGUACAAGCUUGGUUAAGAUUCACGAGUCCGUUAGACAUCUAAAAAGACUUGAAGUACUUAAUUUAGGAAGUUGCAAGAAGCUUAGGAGUCUUCCGAUUAUUAGCAAUUCUAACUUAGAAUCUCUUAGAGUUCCUAUUUUGUCUGGUUGCUCAGAACUUGACAAGGUACCGGAAGAAUUGGGGAAUAUGAAGGCUUUACGGAAGUUGGAUGCAGACAGAAUUGGUAUUGAGCAACUACCAUCGUCCUUGGGUAUUUUGAGUAAUCUAAAAGUUUUAACAUCAUCUGGAUGUGGAGGACCGAUAUCACCCAAAAGCUCCAACCGUAUACGUUUGUUAUCCAAUUCUGAAUUAUGCUCAUUGACAGAUUUAGAUCUCAGAGACUGCAAUUUGUCUGAAGAUGAGAUUCCCAUUAAAUUUGGAUAUUUAUCUUCACUCCAAACUUUGGAUUUAUCAAGAAACAAUUUUCAUAACCUACCUAGUUGCAUCAGCCGCCUUCCUAAAUUAGAGGAAUUGGAUUUGAGUGAGUGUACUACUCUUCAAUCAAUUUCAGUUCCUCGUAGUAUAAGUUUUUUGAAAGCACAUGGCUGCACAUCAUUGGAAAGCAUCUCAAUUCUGACGAAUGAUAGUUCAGAAUCUUCUUACCUUGAUGAUCUCGACUGGCGCGGUAUGAUUUACAACUAUCCCGUAUCUUUUUACCUUAGUAAUUGCUCCAAACUGGUUGAGAUUCAAAAUUUGGAGAGUUUGCGAUGUGUACCACAAGUUAUUGUUAGAAUGGGAGGGUGCAACAACCUAUCAUCUGAGUUUAGGAAGAGUGUUUUCCAGAUGAUGAGCAAGACACGCAACAGUGUUACUGAAGUUCUCCUCCCCGGAAGUGAGAUUCCAAAUUGGAUUAGCCAUCAGACAAUCGGUUCUUCAAUAUCCUUUUGUGUACCUUCGCUUUUGGAUGGUAAAAUCGGAGGCAAAAUACUUCUUUGCGUUGUUUAUGCAGUAAAAAAGGAAGCACCCAGAGAGAUAUUUGCUGAUCAACGGCGUGACUUAAGAUGGAGAAUGAGAUUACGUAAUAAAAGUUAUAGAGACCAGUCCAACAACAGGGAUGACUGGUAUACCGUGGGAAAUUUUGAUUGGGCUAUACCUAGUGGACCACAUUUUGAUAUCUUUGAAGAUCAUUUAGUUGCACGAGUGAGUGAUUACAAUCAUUGGGCACCAAAUAUUACAAGUCAGAUGAAAAGUGGAGAUGAAAUAGAGGUGGAUGUCGAUCUACAAUUGUGGGGCCAAGGAAUUGAUCAUAUGGACAUUAAGUGUGGAAUUGAUCCGCAAAUUAUGGAAGUGAAGAGGUGUGGAAUUCAUUUUGUAGUUGAUGAGCACGAGCCAAAUGUAAGAGAUGACGAGAUCUCUGAAAGUGAGGAUUGACGAUUAUAGCGAUCCCUCACCAAAUUGACAGCACAAUCUCCCACCCCCCAAAUAUAUGGUAGCCGGAUAUCCCUUCCGUGCAGGAUGCGUUUGCCAUUGGUGAUUGCAGUGGGUUUCUUGAAAGUACUGGAAAGCCAAACCUUCCAGCUUUGGCUCAGGUAAGCUACUUUUUAGCUAUGAACAACUUUUGUUUGUGAAGAUAGUAGUGAUCUUCCUGGCAAAUUGUUGAAUUGAUCAGAUAUAUCCCAGAUGAUUGCAGAUUUGUGUUAUUUGCAUAUUGCAUGAAUCAUUAAUAUCCAGAACAUCACACCUCCUGUUUUGGAAGGUCAAUCUUAUUACUAAGAUAAGUUUUAGUUGUAUUAUAUUAAAUUAGGGACUGAAUUAACCUCAAGGGACUCCAAACCUCAAGGGGCUACCCAUAUACAUCUUCAUGGUGUGAGUCCAUUUGAAUUCGAAGAUGAUAGAUAUCAAAUCAUAUAUGGACGUUUUUUUGUUUAAAUGAUUGAUUGAGAUGAUAACACCCAUAUGAUGUCAGAUGAGUCAUAAUUUCAUUUCUUCUUUUUCUCUCCUUAUGCUUAUAUUAUUGUUCUUUUCCAUUUGAAUUAUAAUGAGAUGAAUGUAACCAAACUUUGGGCGAAACAGUUAAUGGCUUUUUCUACCAGAAGAAACAUUAAAAAAAAAAAAAAAUUAAAAAAUAUUGUUUUAUGGCAUGACAAUAGGAGAAGAAAUUAUAUGGAGAUAUAUUUAAAUGAUAAUCAUCAAUAAAUUUGAUAAAACCUAAUUGUUUGCCAUGACAUACUAGUCUAAAAUGAUUGAGAUGAUAACAGCCUAUUGGGUGUUUGCAAUAAUAAGAUAAAUCUAACGAAUAGUCUAGUUACACAUAUGUGGGUCUAUAUCAGUCUUGGGGUUUUGAACGUCACAAAGGCUCGACUGUAAGAAAUUUGGUCUUGGAUAAUUGAAGGUGCAGAAGUUUAGGAUUGCAUGUGACAAAUUGGUAAUUGCUUUGGGGGCACAGCCCUAAACUUUUGGAAUCCAUGGGGUGAAAGAACAUGCGAUUUUUCUUUGGGAAUUUUACCAUGCCCAGGAAAUUUGUAGGAAGCUGCUCCUAAACAUGAUGCUGUCUGACUAGCCUGGUAUGCUUUUGCAAUAAUCUUUUUUUUUUCUUGAAUUAAGAACAUGAUGCUACUAUUGAAUUUGGGUUGGAGGCAGGCAUUUCACAGGGGAGUUGAGUUCAGUGGUGAACUAAGUGAUUUUAUCAUCAAUGAUGUUAGCCAAACAUAUGCGCAUGCGAAAGACUAUGUCCAAGUUACUUUGAUUGAGGCAAAUGAGAUAUUAUAUUCCUUUGAUGAUCGCCUCAGGCACUAUGCUACUAAACAGUUGACAAAGGUGGAAGGUUAGUUACUAGUUCUUUUUGGCUCAUGACAAUGCAUUUCUACAUCAUUCCCAGUCCAAUAUGAGGUCUCUCCAACUCUUGGAACAAUUGGCUGAGAAAUUCUGGAAAAUUGGAUUUCAGUACUUGUAUGGUAUUUAGGAUUGGUGUUGACAAGUGGUUACACGUUCCUUCUGUGCAGGAUGUGCUUGCCAUUGGUGAUUGCAGUGGGUUUGUUCAAAGUACUGGAAAACCAACCCUUCCAGCUUUGGUUCAGAAUCAUUAAUAUCCAGAACAUCACAGCUCAUGUUUUGGAAGGAUUGGUAAAGUUGGUGGUCCUCGUGGAGGUCAUGCCAAUGGUACAAAUGGCAUGGAACCAUGGGAGAUCCAUUUGUUUACAAGCAUCUAGGAAGCAUGACAACCAUUGGCAGAUACAAGGCUCUAGUAGAUAUCUUUGGCAGAGCAGGGCUUUGUCAGUUGGUUUAUUUGGCACUCAGCAUAUCUGACUGACUGGUGUUAUAAGCUGGAGGAACAGAUUUGUGUGGCAAUCAACCUUGGUGUUUGGUCGUGAUUUAGUAGAAUCUAGAUUUUGGAAUUAAAGGUAUCUUUAUCUUCUUGUAGGAGUCUAUGCCUACUUUUCUCCCUCCCUGUUCCUGAUAUACAUCUUCAAGUUGUGAGUCCAUUUGAAUUCGAAGAUGGUAGAUAUUAAAUCAUGAAGCUGGGGUGCUUCUUAUAUAAUACAGACAAUUAAGUUUUUUUGUUUUUUCUUGUACGUUCAUAUUGAAGUUGGCUGUUGUUUUUAGGCCCUGGGUCACAACUAUGAAGAAAUGGUGAUGAAAUAUAAUCCUCUCAGAUUGAUGCAUGUAGAUUGUCUGUUUUACUUUCUUCAAGUAUCAUCUAUUUGUUUUUUUUCGAUGAA